UUGAGUCUUUCAUUAUUCCGCUUCUCAGUCAGUUUAUUCGGAUUUUCAACUGUAGAGUCUGCCAAUGCUACCGAAACUUCUUUGAAUUCUUCCAUUGAAAGUAAUGGCGAUCUUGGAACUGCUGUUGGUAAUAUCAGUUUGUCGGACGAAGAUUUGGACACUGAAAGAUGCAUUUACUGUGAUGGUUUUUUGAGAGUAAAGAGACUUACAAGUCAUCCGCAAUACUGUUCCAAAAAGUGUCGAGGACGUUCAGCUGAUUCUUCUUUCCAACAGUCAGAGAACAGAUCUCCUGCGUCUGCCAACAUAACAUCCACUAGCGCCGUAUUGCCAGUUCCCGAUGCGACAGUUUAUGCGUCACCUGUCCGCUCAGCACCCGUUUCACCGGAUGCGCAGCAGCGACCACAAAGGACUUUAAUCAUAAAAAUGGGCUCAGUAACAAGUCCUGAAAGUCCUCAUGCCUCUACACUUUGUCAGACUACUGAAGACGUCACUUCAGCGGAAGCGCGUCAUGCAGCUCUUCAUAAACCUGCACCCAGGGUUUACCUUCCAUCUGCUCCUGCCUUUGUUGUAAGAGCGCCGCAGGUUUCUGAAACACAAGUUACUCCGCCUCACGCCGCAGGACCUUCCGUUCAUGGCCCAUCGACUUAUGCUGCGUCUGUUUUGGAUCAUACAGUCCCCAGGAACUUCGAUGCUCGGGAAGGGAACGUACUUCCAGAUGGACAUCCGAGGACCUGGACUUGCGACGAAGUAGCUACAUGGGUAACGCGAGUGACCGGAACAGACGCUAUUGGAGAGAAAUUUAGAAAUCAGGAUGUUGAUGGUCAAUCAUUGUUACUGAUGGCUGAAAGCGAAGGGGGUAUUGCUGCUCUUUUAACGCAGAAGCUACUCCUGAAGUUAGGACCCGUUUUGAAGCUAGAAAAGGCGUUGAAAGAUUUGAUUGCGAGAAACAACGACUGAAA